AUGUCACUCCUACAGGCUAUACUAAAAUGGACUUUGGACCAAAGUUUUGGAGGCAAUCAUUUGAACCAUUACGCAGCUGUUAGCUUGUCACCUUCUUGUGGGUUAAUGCUUUCAAGAUUUGCUAGAGUAGCUUCAUAUUCCGGUAUGCUUGCUGCUGCAGUAACUUCCCAAAACAUGUCUCUAAGGUGGGAACUAUUAACUAAUUAUGGUAUCAUUGCUGUUAGCCUGUUAGUGGUCGCUACUUCAGGAGCUGGAUACAUACUUGAAAGUAGUAGUGCCAUUGAUUUCGCAGGACUUUGUUGCACUUGUGCUGGUACAAUGAUGGUUGUAGCGUCUGCAAACACAUUAAAUCAGGCCUUACUUGUCCCUUCAUGUCAACUUACUGUUGCUCAUGCUGUCUCACCUAGGCUUCGUUUGCUGACAUGGCUUUACUGGCUUGGAUGUGUUGCAGCUGGGCUUGCUGCUUCUAACCAUGUUCUUUAGUCAUUUGUAUACAUUCCAGCAAAAAUUCAUCCUAUAAAUAAUUGUACUGGCGCUAUUCCACCUCCUUGUGGGUGGGCAGCAGCUGCUUGUGCGAUUUCAAUCAAUGCUAUGAUUCUUCCUGCUGCUUUAUACUUGUGGCAAGUACCUCAAUUCAUGGCCCUUGCAUACCUAUGCCGCAAAGAUAUAUGCAGAGGGAGGUAUAGAAUGUUCUCUCUUUCUGAUGUUUCUGGUCACAAAACAGCCAUGGUUGCUUUGAGGAACUGGCUGUAUUUACUUCCAUUGGGUUACCUAGCCCGUGACUGUGUGUGUAACUGA